AUGAUUCAACUAGUAAUUAUUCCUGGGCCUAAACACCCAAAAAACAUAGCAUCUUUUCUUGAAUCAAUCGUAGAAGAUUUGCAUAUGUUGCAGACUUCUGGUCUGAGAAUUCAGACGAUUUCUGGGCAAGGUAUUCCUCAAUUUCACACCAUGUGUUUUGUUGGUGAGAAGAUAUCUGCUCCUAUGAGAACCAUGGGGAGCCUCUGUCAGUUUGAACGAAAUAGAUACUGUGUCAAUGGUCCCAAUGUUUUUAGGGAUCUCAACACAUUGACAAGUCCUGCUUUCUUCAGGUUUGAUGAGAUACAUCUAAUUGGCCACGGAAUUGGUCAUCAGCUAUAUAAUGUAUUGAAUAGCAAAUUUGUUAUGAGCAACAAGACUGAGGACAAUGACGUCCAACAGGCAGAUCAUGACUAG